AUGGAGCCGUGGAUCCUGGUGGAUCGUGUCGCAUCAGGCCAAGCCGAGGCCGAGACAGGCCAAUGGGUCGCCGUGACCUGUGAUCCCCAGAUGGCCAUCACAGCUAGCUUAGCUGACUGGGCUAUGAUAUUUCAAGCUUUUGGAGAUGUGACUUCGAUCGACAUGACCAGAUGCAAGACAGACUGUGUUGUUUCUGUUCGGUAUAUGACUGAAGAAUCUGCCAGUGCCUUGCGGACUCAGCUUGUUGCCGGACACUGGAGGCCAAGCCAUAUUCGGCCAGACCAAUGGCUUUCACAAAGCCAAACCGUAGAACGUUUCCCGCGCGGGAGUCCUCAGGAGCGUGAGCAUCUGGAGGUGAAAGAGCAGCGGUUGCAACGGGGAGAGGAGCACCGUCGUACCGUCAUGGUGGGCCAAAUCCCACGAAGUUGCGAUGCCAUUCAGAUCCUGGAUGCUUUGCACAGUCUUGGCCUCAUGCGGAGGCUUUGCUUCUUUUACCUCCCCGUGGAUCGUGCGCGGCGGCGGCAUUGCGGUUACGCAUUCAUCGAGUUCAAUGACCCAAUGGAUGUAUUGAGCUUACAUCAGUCCUUGCCGACACUGGUGCGGAUGUUAUGUAGAAACAACGAACGACCGAUGCAUGUGCACUUUGCACGAAUACAAGGCUGGAGGACUUUCAUUCGAACGAUGGUGAAUGACUUGAACUUCAUUUUCGAGCCCAACGCCAACAUUCGGCCGCAAUUAUUUUUGCCGCAAAGCAGGCUCCCGAAACAAGCAAGCCUCCACGAUCUUCUAUUUCCCUCGAGCAGUAUCAUGCUGUGA